AAAUAAUUUUUGCUUAUGUAUGCGUUUCAGAUAAAUAUUUUAUACCAAAAUCUCUUAAGGAAAAGAGAAGAAGUGAAACAUUUGGAGGCACAAGGAAAACAUAAAUACGAAUACGACAGUGACGAAGAGACGGAAGGUGGUACAUGGGAGCAUAAAUUGAGGUCCGCUGAGAUGGAAGCGACGCAAAUGUGGGCUGAGGAAUUGACAGCGCAAGCGGAAGGCAAACAUCAUAUUGGCGAUUUUCUACCGCCGGACGAGUUGAAGAAAUUUAUGGAGCAAUAUAACGCCGUAAAACAGGGAAAAGAGCCUGACUUGAGUGAUUAUAAGGAGUACAAAUUAAAGGAAGAUAACAUAGGUUUCCAAAUGUUACAAAAGCUUGGAUGGAGUGAAGGACAAGGUUUGGGUAGCGAAGGUAGCGGCCGUAUUGAACCAGUUAACAAAGCAACAAAUAGACUGGAUAGUGCAGGUUUAGGAUCUGAAAGACCAGAUGGUGUAUCCAGGGACGAUGAUGAAUUUGACGCGUAUAGGAAAAGAAUGAUGCUCGCAUAUAGAUUUAGGCCUAAUCCAUUAAAUAACCCAAGAAGACCUUAUUACUAAAACAGUUAAUGAUGCCAGAAAAUUUUAUUACCUUAAACAUGUUCUUUCUAUUAUAUGAUCUAGUAGAUUGUCUUUAUUUUGUAUAUUUGAAAAAUUGUACAUUUCAUUUUAAAAUAUAUUUCUUAUAAAGUU